CCCGGGAUGCGCGGCGCCCUAGGAAACGGGGGAUGGGCUGGAGUGCGAGAUGGGCUCUCAGUCGCCACUUGGUGGUUAUAAAAGGAACAGCGCACUCAGCCUUGAAAUGUGCUGUGUUGAUAAAAGGCUAUUAAAGUAUGUAGCCUUUCGAAGGGUUUAAAGAAUACAAGAUUAUCUUCUUUUUUCUGAUUAUGAAUGGAAGAAAUUGUUUAAAUUAGCGUCAAAGCGAGCUUUUCAGUCAUGGAACACAAGUAUUAUAUCAAAGCACUGAAGCUUUUCAGUCUAAAUUCUUUCCACCCCUUCAAAAAGCGAUGCUACCACCUAAUAGUUUUCAAGGCAAAGUGGUGUUCAUCACUGGGGGCGGCACCGGCCUUGGUAAAGGGAUGACAACUCUCCUGUCUAGCCUGGGUGCCCAGUGCGUGAUAGCCAGCCGGAAGAUUGAUGUUUUGAAAGCUACUGCAGAACAAAUUUCUUCUCAGACUGGAAAUAAGGUCCAUGCAAUUCAGUGUGAUGUGAGGGAUCCUGAAAUGGUUCAAAAGACUGUGUCAGAACUGAUCAAAGUCGCAGGACAUCCUGAUAUUGUGAUAAACAAUGCAGCAGGAAAUUUUAUUUCUCCCACUGAAAGACUCUCUGCUAAUGCUUGGAAGACCAUAACUGACAUAGUUCUAAAUGGCACAGCCUUUGUGACACUAGAAAUUGGGAAGCAACUGAUAAAAGCACAGAAAGGAGCUGCAUUUCUUGCUAUUACAACCAUCUAUGCUGAGUCUGGGUCAGGUUUUGUAGUGCCAAGUGCUUCUGCCAAAGCAGGAGUUGAAGCCAUGAACAAGUCUCUUGCAGCUGAAUGGGGUAAAUAUGGGAUGCGAUUCAAUGUGAUUCAACCUGGGCCUAUAAAAACCAAAGGUGCUUUUAGCCGUCUUGACCCCACUGGUGCUUUUGAGAAAGAAAUGACUGACAGAAUUCCCUGUGGCCGGCUGGGAACUGUGGAAGAACUUGCAAACCUUGCAGCUUUCCUCUGUAGUGAUUAUGCCUCUUGGAUUAAUGGAGCAGUCAUUAGAUUUGAUGGUGGAGAGACAGUAUUUAUUUCAGGGGAAUUCAACAGCCUGCAGAAGGUCACCAAAGAGCAGUGGGACACAAUAGAAGGACUCAUCAGGAAGACAAAAGGUUCCUGAACUACUCUGACCUUCAUCUUGGUUAAAGUGUAAAUGACACAAGUUGCCUAUAAUCUCUUGAAUAUACUCAAGUCUAAUAAAUUUUUAAUUAAAAAACAUUCACUGGGCCCUCCCUGGUGGCGCAUUGGGUUAAAGCACAGCACAAAGAAG